CAAACACAACAUGCACAUGGUAGGUGAGUAAAUAAAAUUGCACUCAAAAACAAUAGAAGAAUGAAACAAUCAGCGGUUCCCUUAGCACAUACAACAUUUGGAUUGGAUGAGUUUUGUUUUUUAAAGAAUAGCAAGAAAUUCAUUAUAAUCACGAGAAUACAAAAGACGCAACCACCGCGCGUAAAUAUUCCAACAAUAAGAUCAUAAAACUAACCCGUUGUACCCAAGUACAACCUAGUAAAAAGGGUAUUUUGGUCAUUUGACGAACACGAAAAAAUGCAUUUUCUCAAUACAUACUCAUCUCAAUAGGGAUUUGAUGGGAAAAUGCUACAAGGUCUAAUGUUAGAUGGCAACCAAAAGCCAAAUCCUGCAUGCCAGAGGAAGGAGAAUCAGAAGCAGCAAUAUUAUUAGUUAUGUGAUUGCUAUUCUAAUUGGGGGCUUGAUCCUUGGUGCUGUUUACAUGACAAAAGAAAGCAGGAAUUGGUUGGCCCUUGGGAAGGGAAAGACACUGUCUAGCUGCAAUUUGUUUUCAGGGAAAUGGGUGUAUGAUGAUGAGUCUUACCCUCUGUACAAAGAAAACCACUGCUCAUUCAUGUCCAUUUUCAAUGGGGUGUCCUGUGAGAGAACUGGGCGAAUGGACUCCAAGUACCAGCACUGGAGGUGGCAGCCUCAUGACUGUGAUCUUCCAAGGUUUGAUGCCAUGGCAAUGCUGGAUAGACUAAGGGGAAAGAGGCUUGUAUUUGUUGGAGAUGCAGUGACCAGAAACCAAUGGGCUUCAAUGGUCUGCUUGCUCGAUUCAUCGAUUCCUCCGGCUCUCAAAUCUGUGAUCACAAACGGGUCCACAACCACCCUCAAAAUCAAUGAAUACAACGCGACAAUUCAGCACUAUUGGGCACCAUAUCUGGUGCAAUCAAACUCCGAUCAUCCGGUCCUCCACAACUUCUCAUCGGAGCAGAUUGUGGGAGUCCAGGCAAUUGAAAGGCAUGCUAGGCUCUGGACUGAUGCAGAUAUCCUUGUCUUCAAUUCCCACAUGUGGGGGAGAAGGCCAAAAUUCAAGGUUUUGUGGGGAUCCUUUGAAAGCCCAGACAAGAUCUACGAAGAAGUCGAGAUGCUACGUGCUCUUGAGAUAGCGCUAAAAACAUGGUCGGAUUGGUUGGAGUUCCACAUAAAUCGUACAAAGACGAAAAUUUAUUUUGUUAGCAGGUCGCCUACACAUGAAAGGGGUGAAGAAUGGGGAAAGGCUAAAGGCGAAAAUUGCUAUGGCGAAACAGAGCCAAUACUGAAAGAGGGAUAUCCUGCGAGAGAAUCGAACCCCAGAGUAGACCAAAUGCUCGAAACCACCAUUACCAAGCUGAAAACAAGGGGAUUGAAGAUUCAAACGAUCGAUAUAACACAGCUCUCGGAGUAUCGAAAGGAUGCUCACACAUCGAUUUACCAGAGGAUGUGGAACCGUUUAACCAAAGAACAACUAGCGAAUCCGAAAACUUAUGCUGAUUGCGCGAAUUGGUGUGUUCCCGGAGUUCCUGAUGUUUGGAACGAGCUACUUUACACAUACAUUUUUCAUUUUUAAUGGUCAAAGUUCCGAACAAAAUGAAAAAUUUACGGUUAUUAAUCUUUGUUCAGUUUUGUAACUUAAAUUUGCUAGCAAAAAUACUCCUUCUGUUCACCAACACCGAUUGAUUUUGACUU